CUAAAUACAGCUCUCAAUAUGGCAGUAAUUGGCCUUUUUGAAAUCUUCCUCGCAGUCAUUUGCUUCUUCCUUAUUCCCUACUUCACCAACAACAAUGGGAUGCCAAAGAACUAUCCACUCGUGGGAAUGUUGCCAGACCUUUUGAUUAACACUCACAGGAUUCAUGAUUGGGCUACGAAAAUUCUAGAGAGAAGCCAAUGUACUUUUCUGUUCAAAGGUCCUUGGUUAGCUAACAUGGACAUUUUAGCCACAGUUGAUCCAGCCAAUAUACACUACAUAAUGAGCUCAAACUUCUCCAACUUCCCCAAAGGACCUGAGUUCAGGGAAAUGUUUGAUGUUUUGGGAGAUGGGAUUUUCAAUACGGAUUCAGAUUUGUGGAGAAGCCAAAGAAAAGCUGCUCAAAUGUUGAUGAAUCAUCAGAGGUUUCAGAAGUUUUUGGUGAAGACCAGCUUGGAAAAAUUGGAGAAAGGGCUGGUCCCAAUCCUGGAACAUGUGGCCAAGGAAGGGAAAGUUGUGGACUUACAGGAUUUGUUUCAGAGGUUUACGUUCGAUUCCACUUUCAUAUUGGUUACAGGCUAUGAUCCAGCGUGCCUGUCCAUUGAAUUCCCGGAAGUUCCAUUCUCAAAGGCUUUGGAAGAUGCCGAGGAAGCGAUAUUUUAUAGGCAUGCUAUCCCAGAAAGAGUCUGGAAGCUACAAAGAUGGCUAGGUGUUGGAGAAGAAAAGAAGAUGAAGAAAGCAAAGGAGACAUUAGAUCGAGUCGUAUUUGAAUAUAUACAAAAGAAAAGAGAAGAGUUGAGCAAAGGAAUUCAAGCUAAAGAAGAAGCAGAUGGUGUAGAUUUGUUAACAUCUUACAUGAAUGAAGAGUACAAGACUGUAGCCUUGAAAUUUGAUGACAAGUUCUUGAGAGAUACCAUUUUAAGUUUCAUGAUUGCGGGGCGAGACACGACAAGUUCUGCUCUCACUUGGUUCUUGUGGCUUCUUUCAAAGAACCCACAAGUGGAAACCAAGAUCAGAGAAGAGCUUAAAACAAUAAUCCCAACGGACAAAACGGAAGCAAAAUGGUGGAAAUUUGACAUAAAAGAGCUAAAUAAGCUGGCUUAUCUUCAUGGAGCAUUGUGUGAAACAUUAAGGCUUUACCCACCAGUUCCUUUUCAGCACAAGGUCCCAAUAGUACCAGACAUCCUUCCAAGUGGGCACCGCGUCACUCCGAAGAAUAAGAUCUUGUUUUUCUUGUAUGCGAUGGGAAGAAUGAAGUCAAUAUGGGGAGAGGACUGCUUGGAAUUCAAACCUGAGAGAUGGAUUUCGGAGAAAGGAGGGAUCAAACAUGAGCCUUCAUACAAGUUCUUAGCUUUUAAUGCAGGACCAAGAACUUGUCUGGGAAAAGAAGUUGCUUUCAUUCAAAUGAAAACGGUGGCAGCCACCAUAAUUCACAACUACAAUGUUCAAAUAGUGAAAGGCCAGCAUCAUAGUCCCAAUGUAUCGAUCAUUCUUCACAUGAUGUCAGGCUUAAAGAUGAUAGUUCUCAAUAAGUGGCCUGAAUAGAGUGGUCAUAUUUAUGUUUCUUUGAUUGAGGUUUGGUCAUAUUUAUUUUUCUUCUUUUUGUCAGCUCAAAAUAAGAUGGCUUGAACACAUAACAAAGACUUAUCUCCUCCUUGUCAACUCAUAAUAAGAUUAAAGUCUAGUGACCUAUAGGAAUUGCAAAACUGUUGAAUGGUGAUACCAUGCUGGAAAUGAAGAAGUUGACAGAAAAAUAUGAACUGCAUGUUUUACUGCUGUUUGGUCUCCCACUGUUCAUGCAGAAGCAGUUUUUGGGUCACUGUUAUGGAUUGGUUCAGUGAUUGUAAUUUUACUUAUGCCUGUACGUGUAUUAGUUGGUGUAUUGUGUUUAAAUUUAAAAUUUGUAAUUCCAUUAGGUGAAACAGUGGCGGGUGUUUUGUAUAAGUUUAUCCCUGUUUUUUGAAUAAAAAACAGAGCAUCAUU